AACACAUUUUAAAUUAUUUAUUUUCGGCGAGGAUCUCAAAGCUUGUUUCUGAAGAAUCUCAAUAUAAUCAUAAUGAAUAUUGUUUUGUGCAAAGUGUUGAUAUUACUUUUUUCUUUGGGAUAUGGAUAUAAAUUUCCUGAAAAGUUCAAGAGGUGUCACUUGAAUGAUCCUGACUUGGAUAGCUGUUUGGACACCGCAAUUGAAGUCGCAAUUCAACUGAUUGGUGGUUCAGGCAUACCAUCUCUUCAUCUACUCCCAAUUGAUCCUUUGAGAAUAGAAACUUUGGAAAUAGGUGAAGGUUCCAGUGCAGUGAAUUUGGUCCAAAAAUAUAAAGAUAUAAAGCUCCACGGAUUCUCCAAACUCAAAGUUGAAGAUUCGCAUUAUGACGCCUCAAAGAAAGUUUUGAAAUUCAAUUCAAUACAUCCGGAAGUCAUACAAGAAGCUGAUUACGACUUCAACGGGAAAAUUUUGGUCAUUCCAGUUUACGGAAAAGGAGCCUCUAAUGUAACAAUAGAAAACUGGAUAAUGAAUCAUACCAUCACCUUCGAAGAGGUAACCAAAGACAACAAGAAGUAUUUCACCGUUCCCUCAUACAUGAUAAACGUAAACAUGUCUUAUGCUCAUUUCGACUUCAAAAAUCUGUUCAAUGGUAACGAAGAACUUUCCAAAACUGUCCAUAAGGUCAUGAACGAAAACUGGAGUGUGAUUAUCGACGAUAUCAAAGUUGGCGUUGAGCUUGGAUAUCAAGAGGUAUUUAGACAGCUGACUAACAAGUUCUUGGAGGUUGUUCCGAUUGAUGACGUUUUUUUGGAAUAGAAUUGAAAUAUUUCUUCAUCAUUAUUUAUUCAUCUCGGCGUUGAUUAAUAUUUGUGAAUGAUAAUAAUGUUAAUUCAUUUAAAUGAAAUACAGACUGAGAGGAAUUCAUUCAUUUGAAUUCAUCGAAAUAUAUUCAUAUGUGUAUUCAUAGGAAUAGUAAAAUUAAUGAAAACUAUUGUGAAAUAAAACAUUAACUGACCCUUGUUGAUCAACUUCAAUUUUGAAUUUUAACAAUGAAUAAAAUGAAUAACUGAUUU